AUGGGUCCCUGUACGGCCUCCCAUUGCUGCUGUCUCCAUCGCCACACUCUGCCAUGUGCCACUUUCAGGUCUCCUCACACUCCUGCUGGUUUCCAUUUUGUCAUAGGUUGCUGUAUGGCCUCCCAUUGCUGCUGCCUCCACCGCCACACUGUGGCUCCAAACACUGGUUUUGGCCCCGUGACUGGCCAAAUGAGUGAAGUGUGCGGUUGAUUCUAAGAUCGACGGCACUCAUCUGCAUGUCAUACUGACUGACAGUAUUAUUUCUCUUCCCCAGCAGACUCCAAGGGCAUUUAAAAUAAAGGUACAGUGUUCUGCACUAAUAUUA